AUGCUUCGUAAAGUUGUAUUUGGUUCUGGCUUAGUGGCUUUUUUGCCAACUGUAAAUGCCGCUACACCUGUGCAAGAAUCACAGGAACAGGAUAAGGCUCCUCCGCCGAUGAAACCUUCUGAUUUACUGAUUUACGAUGCACCUCACGCCGAAUAUAUGGAACAAUUAGCUGCGAAAGCCAAGUCAGAACAGACUGGUUAUCUGCGAUCAGCUCUAUUGGUCCCAGUACAAGCUGUUCGUGAACAAUUAGAAACUGCCUGGCAACACACUGAGUCACUGAAGAAUACCGUUAAAGACAAUGUUUCAGAAUGGCAAGACAGGAGCGAAUGGAUCAAACAGUACUUAAGAGAGGAGGAAAAUAAAGAAAUGAGGUAUGGUGCUGUAGCGAUGGGCGGUCUCACAGGCUUUAUAUUAGGACUCAGAGGAGGUUUUAUUAAGAGAAUUUUCUAUGCUGGUUUGGGCACUUCAGUUAUGGGAUAUGUGUGUUUCCCGGAAGAGACAAAGCAAAUAUACAAAGACAAUGGAGCUGUUGCAAAGCAAUACAUUAAUAUUGCUUAUAACUUUUUGUAUGGAGUAAAACCUGGAGAUCCUCAACUAGAGGUCAAAUUCCCUGAGUUGUCUUUACCUAAAGAUUUCUCAGAGUUUGUUGACCUCUCUGUAUCUCUGGCGUCGUCCAUCAAACAGGCUGUGAUGCCUCCGUCUAAGGAAACUGAUAAAAAAAAUGAAUAA